AUGGCAGACGCGCCGAAUACCCAGGACGAGCUUUACCCCAUCGCCGUCCUCAUCGAUGAGCUAAAGCAUGACGAUGUCCUCCUGCGUCUCAAUGCCAUCCACCGCCUUUCCACCAUCGCCCUCGCUUUGGGCGCCGAGCGCACGCGAGAGGAAUUGAUUCCCUUCCUCGACGAAUCCGUCGAGGAUGAGGACGAGGUACUGGUCGCGCUCAGCGGCGAGCUGGGCAACUUCAUCGAGUACGUUGGAGGCCCCCAAUGGGGUCAUGUCCUCCUCUCACCCCUCGAGAACCUCGCUGCGAUCGAGGAGCCUGUCGUGCGGGACAAGGCCGUCGAGUCCCUUAACAAGAUUUGCGAGGAGCUCUCCUCCCAGCAAGUCGAAGAAUACUUCAUCCCCUUGACCAUCCGACUGUCAAAAGCAGACUGGUUCACCUCCAAGGUGUCUGGCUGCGGCCUUUUCACAACGCCCUACAAGAAGGUGUCCCCGCCUGUUCAAGAAGAGCUCCGGAAGCAGUUCGGCCAGCUUGUUCACGAUGAGACGCCCAUGGUCAGACGCCAAGCCGCCACCAACCUCGCGAAGUUCGUCAAGGAGAUGCCGGCUGCUAUUGUUGUCGAGGAGAUGAUACCCCUUUUCCAGCACCUUGCCCAAGACGACCAGGACAGUGUUCGUCUCCUCACCGUCGAGAUCCUCAUCUCCAUCGCCGAAGUCGUGCCCAAGGAGCAGCAGUCGAGCCAUGGCGUGCUGCUCACCUCCUUGCGCAACCUGAUCGAGGACAAGAGCUGGAGGGUCCGGUACAUGAUUGCCGACAGGUUUGAGAAGAUUUCCAAGGCCGUCGAUGAAGAGGUUGUUUCAAGAGAUCUGGUGCCGUCUUUCGUCAAACUUCUCAAGGACAACGAGGCAGAGGUUCGGACUGCUAUCGCUGGACAAAUACCCGGGUUCUGUGCUCUGGUCGACCGAACCGUCCUCUUGAACGAUAUCAUGAGCAGUGUCGAGGACCUUGUAUCCGAUACUUCCCAGCACGUCAGAGCUGCUCUGGGAACUCAGAUUAGCGGUCUUGCCCCCAUACUGGGCAAGCAAGAGACCAUCGACCACCUGCUGCCCAUGUUCUUGCAGAUGUUGAAGGACGAGUUCCCCGAAGUUCGCCUUCACAUCAUUUCCAAGCUGGAGCUGGUUAACCAGGUCAUCGGUAUCGACCUACUAUCACAGUCACUCCUCCCCGCCAUCGUUCAGCUUGCCGAGGAUAAGCAGUGGCGAGUGAGAUUGGCCAUCAUCGAGUAUAUCCCUCUCCUUGCAAGCCAGCUCGGAGUCAAGUUCUUCGAUGAGAAGCUUAGCAACCUGUGCAUGAGUUGGCUCGGCGACACGGUCUUCUCGAUCCGUGAGGCCGCGACGCAUAACUUGAAGAAGCUCACCGAGGUAUUCGGGGUUGAAUGGGCAAGCGAGGCGAUCAUCCCCAAGGUUAUGGCUAUGGGCAACCACCCCAACUACCUCUACCGAAUGACGACCGCAUUCGCCAUCACCUGUGCUAACAAGUCGCAGACUCUCGCUUCGGUCGUGAGCCUUGAUGUCAUUGCUGACAAGAUCCUCCCGAUGCUGGACAAGCUCGUUGAUGACGAGAUCCCUAACAUCCGCUUCAACGUUGCCAAGACAUACGGCGUUCUGAUUGACGUUCUGCGCCGCCUGCCGGAAGAGGGCACCAUUUACUCGUUGGAGAAGGAGGGCAACAGCUUCACCGCAUCCCCGAGAGGUAUGGAGCUGAUCCAGACGCGCGUCAUCCCCAAGUUGGAGAAGCUGCAAAAGGAUGACGAUGUCGACGUGCGGUACUUCGCCACAACGUCCGCGAACAGCGUUUCUGGACCUUCCACUGGCGAGCCUAUGAACACAUCACCAUAG